CUAUUACUAUUGAUUUUAAUGGCAUCUAAAUACUUAUAAAAAUAUCCAGUGCCUGAAAAUUUUCAUUAAAUCUUACAUGAUUUUACGAGAGAAGUAAUAAAAACAAAAAUAAUUGGAUAGGUAUUAAGAGAUUAGCCAGAUGAUAUAAUUUAGUAUGGUAUGGAAUAUUUUGAAUGUAUGAGAGAUGGGAAGGUAUUCAAUUUUUAGAGCAAAUAUAAUAUUUCAAAAGGUUAAUCAAUUGAAAGGAAGCAUUAAUAGACAAAGCCUAAAGAUUUAACAGAACAAAGUAGAAAAGUAGUUGAAAUAUCUAAUAAAAAAUAAGAUGUUGAUAGAAAAUCUUCAGCACCUAAAACAUAAUCUGUAAGAUAACUUUCAGCAGGGUCUUAGGCAAGCUUUCCAGAAGAGAAGAAAGCUGCUACAGAUUAUAUUAAUGAAUUAUAUCAGAAAGUUGAAUAGGAUAUAGAUUAAUUAGAAUCUGGUAAAAGUGAAACUUAAAAUGCUUUUUUUGAAUCACAAUUUGUAAUCAUUACAAUAUUACUAAGGAUGGAAAAGACUUAGAAAAGAUUAUAAAGAUUUAGGCUAGUGCCAAAGGAAUGUUAGUUAGAAAUUAAUUAAAGUAAUAAUAAUAAGAAGCAAUGAUAUAUGAAGAAGAAGAGGAAGUAAAUUUCUAAUCAUCAUAAAAACCACAAGAAGAUGGUUAAGAGGAAUAUAUGUGA